UCAAAUCACAACGGAGGUGACGCGCGGGCAGAGGCGCCGCAUAAAAAUCCUCCCAAGACCUUCCCGAGCGGCUGUUAGCGUCCAAAAGUCGCGGAAACACUUUCACGUCGCCGAAAUGAGAAAGCUGUGACAGUCUGCGGACGUCUCACGGGCGUUUGGAGUAGCUACAGAAACCAGAAAGGAUUCGAGUCUUCCGAGCACGUCUGGACCCGCUAACGUGCACACAACACCGGGGAUAAAGCCACUUCUUUGCCCCCCCCCUCCUCCUCCUACACUUUGUUAGCUCCGAGUUCACCAUGCUGCCGAGCACGGCGCUUUACGCGGCGAAGAAACGGAAGAAGCCGGUCCAGAAAAUCCCCAAACCUCCACCUCCCGAUGGCGCCAAGUCCAACCCGUCGAAACGCCACCGUGACCGGCUCAACAGUGAGCUGGACAAGCUCACCAGCCUGCUGCCCUUCACCGAGGAGGUCAGGGCUCGGCUUGACAAGCUGUCUGUCCUCCGCCUCAGCGUCGGGUACCUGAAGGUCAAGAGCUUCUUCAACGCCACCAUGAAGAAGAGCCAGAACGGCUCCAGCUGGACCAGCGAGCGGAGCCUGAUGUUCGGGGGAAACAUCCAGAACGGGCUGACCACGUCCUCCACGACCACCUCCACCACCACCUCCUCUUCUUCGCCCUUCUCCUCCCAGGUGACCUCCAUCGACGGAGUCAGCUUCUCUGAAGGAGACCUGCUGCUCCAGGCGCUGAACGGCUUCGUGUUGGUGGUGACGGCUGAAGGUUACGUCUUCUACACAUCCCCCACCAUCCAGGACUUCCUCGGCUUCCAUCAGUCGGAUGUCGUCCAUCAGAGCGUGUUCGAGCUGAUCCACACAGACGACCGAGCUCUGUUCAGACGACAGCUUCACUUCGCCCUGAAGCCCAACAUGAGCCACCCCGACGGCACCGCGGAGAGCCCCAGUGACCAGAGCUCUGCAGAUAUCAGCACCAGUGUGAUGACCUACGACCCUCAGGCCAUCCCUCCGGAAAAUUCGUCUUUCCUGGAGAGGAACUUCUGCUGUCGUUUCCGCUGCCUGCUUGAUAACUCCUCCGGCUUCUUGGCCCUGAACUUCCGCGGCCGCCUGAAGCUCCUCCACGGUCAGAGUCGGGUGUCGGAGGACGGGACGUUGAUUCCCCCUCAGCUCGCUCUGUUCUCUGUCGCCACGCCGCUGCAGCCGCCGUCCAUCCUGGAGAUCCGCACCAAGACGCUCAUCUUCCAGACCAAACACAAGCUGGACUUCACGCCCAUGGGCAUCGACACCAGGGGGAAGGUGGUUUUAGGUUACAGUGAAGUAGAGCUCUGUAUGAUGGGUUCCGGCUACCACUUCCUCCACGCUGCAGACAUGAUGUACUGCGCUGAGAACCACCUAAGAAUGAUCAAGACCGGAGACAGCGGUUUCAGCGUCUUCAGGCUUCUGACCAAAACUGGGUCGUGGGUCUGGGUCCAGGCCAGUGCCAGGUUGGUCUUUAAGGGAGGGAAACCAGACUUCAUCGUGGCCCGGCAGAGAGCUCUGACAAAUGAAGAAGGAGAAGAACAGCUACGCCUCAGACGCCUGCAGCUGCCGUUCAACUUCGCCACUGGAGAGGCGUUGCUGUACGAUAUUGCCCCAACUGUUGACAUCCCCGAGUCGUGCUCUGCCCCGAAGCAGAGGAAGAUAGACAACUACUCCAUCAACCCCGACUCCAUCCUGGGCUGCAUGCUGAGCCAGGACCAGUCUAUCUACUGUGAACACAACAACGCCAACACCCUCAACUCCCUCAACGAUGUCGCCUUCAAGGACACCCACGCUACAGUCAACGUUCCUGGAGACAUCUGGCAGCACGCUUCGCCCAAACCUGUCGGGGGAAGUCUGGUGAAGUCGGAAGCCAUGGUUCAGGACAUGAUGGACACCCUGCAGCAGAUCCUCGGGGACAACAACCUCAUUGACACGCUGGACGUGGAGCCCGAGGAGCUCAAGAGCUGGGAGAGCACGCUGCUGAGGAUUAGCUCCAGCAGUUGCGAGCUGAGCGACGACCUGAACGACAUUCUCAGCAACGACAUCCUGUCUUAUGUAGAGGAGGAGCUCCAGAAGGAAGGUGGGCUCAAGCUGCCCGAUCAGCUUGAUGACAUACCAGCCUGCCUGUCAACUUUGGACCUCCAGAACCAGGAUCCUGACCCAACUGGGGAGCAGAGCUUCAGCUGGCCUCUGGAGCCUCAGAACCAGCUGAUACCAAACAGAGGGCAGAUGAUGACUGGACAACUAACUCCAGUCCUGGAGACAAUGAAACUGACCCACAUGGACUUUCCUCAGUUGAGUUCUUCCGGUAUAAACGGUCAAACCCUUCAGCAUAUCGCUUCCCAGCAAACACUCCCCGCUUCUGUUGGUCUUGGCAACACUGGGACUCCGGUGACCUUCAACCCCAACCCCUGUGCUCAAACACAGAAUCAGCCGAGGACCUUACAAGUCUCUGCCGAGGAAAACAACCUCGGAGCGUUCAGGCAAACCAAUCAGCUUCACCCCAAGCAAAUGCAGAACCACGUUCAGAUGGUGACGCCCAUGGACCAAAAUCUAGAAAUAGAGUUAAAUCCCGUGUUCAACUUUCCGGGAACCCAGUGGAGCUCCUCUGUCCCCAACUCAAACCCAGCUGACAACUUUGUACAAACAUACACCCAAAAUAUUUCAAAUGAAUCAGGGUUUACUGUAGAUCCUCCCUCGUCUAGCUGCUUACAGGGCAACUUUGCACUUCAGACACACAACAGUGAGAAUCAGAGACAGUCUUGGCCACUGGAGCAGAAUCAACAGCAGCUGAUCUCAAGUGGGCACCAACAAAUGGGCACCUGCCUCAACCAAAUUUCAGGAUUUCAAAGGAAUCCUCCUGCUGGAGUUGUUGCACCCCAAACCACUGUCAACGGCAGGCCAAUGUUCAGGACUCCAGACACUCCCAAUGUGCCAUUUCCUGUUCAGCAGGACUUGGAGCUACCAACCGGAGCACCGUCUAGCAGUUGUAUGUUUAGAAAUGCCACCCUGCCUGUGCCUGUAAACGGAGUGCGACUCAGUCAGGCGCCAUCCUGCCAGCGAAUGAACCUAGCCAGCGGCAACCAGAUCCCCUCAAAGCCCUCCUGUUUCUAUCAGGGUCUUCCCAGAGGAGGGUCUGUGUCGGCGAUGACGGCGAUACCAAAUCCUGAUGAGGCAGCGCUGUCCUGCCAAAUGGCCACCGGUCUGGACCUGAACGGCCUGCUGGUGCAACAACAACAGUAUCUUAAUUUCGGCGAACAGACGCAGAUCAACAGCCUUCCAGUCGAGUCCAAUCAAGGUUUCCCCUUCGCCUCGCUGCCCGAUGGGAAUGCAUACUACUCAGAGAACAAAUAGGAAUCAGCCGCUGUGACUUCUGGACGGCAGAGGAUCCCAACUCGGACUGAAACAGCAGUUUAAAGGAAACAGUAGACUCCUGUCUCUAAACAUUAAAGUGGGGUAGACUGAAAAACAGAAAUGUGCCCCGAAAAGGACGAGGAGACACAACAGGAAGUCUCUCCUUCCAUUUUUUUCUAAUUAGGAAACAGUGACGAAAGCUUUAAAAGUUCAAGUUUUUAAGGAUAGCCGGCUUUUGGUCGUGGAAGAGAAGUCUCAAGAGGAAAUUGGAGUUUGUUUUGUUUUUGUCGAAGCUGGAUAUAUCAAAGAAGGGUGGAUUCCUUUCUUGGAGCUGGUUGGAUUAUACCAAAAAGAAAGAAAAAGAAAAUGGAUAACCUAAAUCAGUGAUUUGUUUCAUUCAAUUGUGAUCAAGUUUGAGAAAUCCCAACACAAGCACAUCUGGCAAACCAAAUUUAGGAUGUGUGAUGAUUUUUCUACCCCGUUGGUGGAUGAAAAGUUUGGCUGCAGCCCAACUGGUUUCAUCAGCCAAUCAUCAAACAGCAAGGCUGUAUUGUCUCACUUGUUCCCAGCAAUUUGGCCAAAGAAGAAGAACAUUUAAGUCAGUGGCUGCUUUAAUCGCAUUGCUUAAGUAAUUGACUGUGGUGGUUUGUGUGUUUGGUGGGAAUAUUUAGAUGUAUGGGAGAAGUUCAGAGAAGCGGAUGUGUGCUGCUCUUUAUCGGAGACGGGGAAGUUAACCAGACGUGCAUUGGCCAAAACAACCAAUUAGUCCUCAUCACUGAAGGCUUUUCUAUUGUAAAACCAAAACAUACUGUUUUUAAAAACGCUUACGAUAAACCAUAAGUUUCGACAGAGCUGAAAUAGUUUGACAGAAGAAAAUUCAGCAACUCUUUUGACAGUCCACUAAUCGUUUAUGUCAUUUUUCAAGCAAAAAUACCAAAAAUUAUCUGGUUCUUGAGUCUCAAAUAUGGAGAUUUGCUUAAAUCUCUUUGGAUUGUUGGUCAAACACAACUAGAGAACUGCAGACAUCAAAAAAGUGUGAUGGGCAUUUUAUUCGUUUGUUUGUUUUAUUUUCUCUCAUUUUUCUUCUCACCUUCAUGCCGUCAUUCUGGCUCAUUACUGCCCCCUGAGGCCAGAAGGCAGAAAACAACAACCGCUCAAAAUGCGGUGCUCACGUCGCACGGCUGAGACCGUAAUUACAAGCCGCCGAGACGGAAAAAUCUGUUCACGCCGAUCUCCGAGUUGUAAAGUCGAGACCGAGAUAACGACAGUAUACGAACUAAAAAAGUGGCAUCAAACCUGCGGCAAAAUGCUGGCAGUUACAUCUUUACAGACCCCAGUCUGGAGUGGGUCCCUGUUUUCUACGUAUCAUACAGCACAGUCCUACCAAUAGUUUCACGCUAUUUGAGCGACCUGCAGGUGGCGGUAAUGUGCCGAAUAUGCUGCAGAGUGCCGGCGAAGACGGGGAAGAAGAAAACUGCGAGCGAGGAAAACGUGCUGGAUUUAAAAUACUUAAUAAAAGCCGGCUUUGCAAAUGUUUUAGGAGGAAAGAAAUGCAAUUCAGGGUUUAGGAUACACAGAGUCACACUGAAUAUAAACAUAGCUUUGCAAGACAACAGCCUCAGGGUACCUUUAAUUCAGCAAAUUAAAAAUGUGGCCCACCCCAACUACAGCACGCCGAGAGCAGCUAAUUCUGCGGGCAUCACGUGAAUAGCGGGCGUUUUUUUUUUUUUUAAAUUCUUCCAUCGGCCACAAGAGGCAGCAAUGAGCCUGUUCCACGUCCAAAAAACAAACUCGGCCCCAAAAAAAGUGACACUUAGGUUUAUUCAGACGAGCUUUCUAACAUUUACGUGAGCAAAGACCCCCAGGAUGAGGACUAAAAAAAACCUCUGGUUAAUUCCCUCAGCCUUACUGUUACCGCUGACUCGGACAAUCCCAAACGUUGCCCCUAGACUGAGGAAGGCUGAAACAACCUCAUGUUAAUCCUCUGCCGGCUCUGACGCACAAACACACACCACACCUGCUCCCGAAAAUUCUCUCUUUUUCUACUUUGAGCUCUCAGAAGGAUGAAAUAUAUCUACUUCCUUGUUUUUCUGUUUUUUGUCCCUUUGAAACUGCGUUUUGAUCUAAGUUCAUUUCAACUCUUUACUGAGGGAGGUUUGCUUUUC